AUGCUCGUGCAACGGUCAACCUCAGCUGAGCGUUUAUCCUACGGACUCUAUAGCCGUGGGUCAGCCGAGCAAAGAUCACGGCUGCUGAUUGAUCAAUCGAUCAGCGGACCCACAAAUUUCCUUCGUCCUCUCCGCUCUCCACUCUCGAGUCUCCGCUCUCCGCUCGCAUUCCAAAUCAUCCACCGCCCACUUCUCAGCACCUUAGCUCAGCUUCAAGUCUUGAAACGUGAUACCCUACCCUCCGCUGCCAUGAGUUCGACCACCAUCCGCGCCUCAGCCUCCAGCAAACUCAUCAACCGGCUUCAGCACUUGUACAACCUCAUUCGUGAGGUACCGUCCUGGACCUCGGGGGAAGAAUGGAACAAGAAGACGGCUGAACUGAUGAUUGCUUCGUUCAAGGUUUCCGAGCAAAGCAUUAAAGAGUGUUUCGCGCAAGAGAAGUAUCUCGGACCGGCGAUCCAUACCUGGCUGUUCACCCAUGCACAGGAAUAUGUUGAUUGUCCUCAAGAAAUCCCGGACGCCAUAUUCACUCUCGACCACCAGCACACUCGGAUCCCCCCCCUCCUUAACUCCGAACUACGCAAGAAGCUCGAGAAAGAGCGUAAAGAGAAUCCGUCGACCCACUACAGCAAUCCCAUCCCUCUACAGCGAGCCCCGCCCUCGACAGUCUCUAAAGCCUCGUCAACCGUCAAAGGGAAGGAGAAGGCUAUACAGGAUGGGUCGGUGAAGGUUAAGCUGGAGAAGGGGGUGAAGGACACAGCGAAGGUGAAGAUCGAGCUGAAGCAGGACAGGAACCAGGGUAAGCGCCCGGGGCAAGUGACCAACAGCCAAUUUGGUCACGACGACGACGGCGACACUAACGCCAAGGGGAAAGUGAAAGCCACGUUCGCAGCGGACAAGGGAAAGGGGAAAGAGUCCAACCCGAAAGGGAAUGGGAAGGCUGACGGUGCGGCUAUGGUAAGAGACCCAGCGUCAAGGGAGACGACCUCAAAGUCUGUCACCUUUAGACCAGCCACUUCUAACAAACGGCCACCUUUGUCCUCUUCGUCCUCUGAGGACGAUAAUCUUCCGGUUCCUUCGUCUCAGAACACCGCGGGUACGGGACCGCGUCUCAAGAAGGCCAGACACGAUGCCUCACCAGACCCCUCUCUUACAGCUAUGAAUCGCGAAACCUCCACCUCGGACCACCAAGACCGAGCCGAUCACGAUGCUGGAAUCGAGGGCUUCUGGACGCAGCCCCCCCGUGAUGACGAGCUUCCAACAGGGAAUAUACGCCUCGACGUCGCCGAAGCCAUACGUGUGUUCAAGCAAGUUUACUCGAAAAUGGCAGUUGUCCAGGCAAACUAUGAUACCCUCCUCGCUCAUUCCAACCGUACAGACCAAGAACUCCGUGAGCUCAAAAAGCUCAAGAUCGAACCACUCGUCGCCCACUCCGAACACACCAGCGAGGACCUUCGCGAUCUCAAAAAGCACAAGGUUGACCCUAUCCAAGUACUCGCACACGAACAAUCGAUAGCGACCCUCAAAGACGACAUUGUAGCUCUCACCAAACAGAACACCGAGCUUAAAAAUCAAGUUGCCACUCUCACUAGGGAGCUUAAGGGUCUGGCCCUAGCUAUAUCCAACCGCACUGAUCUGGUUUUUGAGCCCCUCAACGCCGCUGAAGACUCACCCAUCAAGGAACCGCAUCGUCCUUACUCGUCGAUGGAAUACGACCCCCAGAUGCUCCCAUACCUCGCCAAUGGCGCCGAUGACGUUCAGCCAAUCCACUUCGCUGGAUCGACGAAUCAGACUAUGGCUACCACCUCCACUGCGGCGAUCGCCCCGGCCACUCAAUUCAUGUCCUAG